AUGGAUGCGUAUAAGGCAAUCUUAGAUAUUGUUAAAGAAGAAAUUAGAAUAAAAAGGAUUAUUGAAAAUAUUGAAAUGAAUAAUACAGAUGAAACAUUUAAGAUCAGUCAUCAAUAUGAAAAGAACAAA